AUGUACCUGGGUUUGCAACAUCUGGAUGAACUGCACAAAUAUGAAAAAAUUUGGCAGGAAAUCAGGAUUGCAACAAAUGCUAAUCACGCCUUGUCGGAUGUUGUUGAGCGUCAGCUGCUGUCGCUUCACACGCAGGUCGCGAAGAAGCUCGAUCUCGUCGACCAGUUGACUCAAUUUUUUGUGUAUUUUCCGUCGAUGUCCGAAGAACUGUCAGACAUGAUUGCAGAAACGGCAAAGGUCAGCAGCUUAUGUGAGGACGUCGAAGCUCGCCUGGCGUACUUGGAGGUGUUGUGCCAUACGCAAGCAUGUGAAAACCUGGCCUCAAACGGUCGUUCGAAUUUGGAGUCAUACAGAUACAAAAAAGAGGACGAAUUCAAUCGGGUCAAAACUGAUCUUGCCUACGAAUAUAUGAAGGCGAGUAAAGUGAAGGAGCGGCGAAUUAGCGGCGAUCGUUCUGAGAAACAGCGCUGCCUUCAGGAAAUGGUAACGCGCGACAUCGAGCUGUACAGAAUGUCUGGGGUUUUACCCAGUAAGUUUUGUUUUGCGUCCACACGUUUAUUUUUUUUACCGCAGAGCCAAUGCCCACGUCUUGAUGACUGUCAUGAUGUUUACAAUGUUAUUCCUUAUCCGUCUGUAUCUGUUAUGGAACAUAACAAUAUCUUUCAACACUGAAG